CGCCCUGCUUUUAUUUUGAAACAAACCGGAUAAGCAGUCUACGCAGGGUCGUUGCUGUGACAGAAACGACGGCAGGCGGCUCUCACCGUGUCGGCUGAAUCCUGAGCGAGUGAUAGAACGGCUCCAGCUUCGUGUGUGAAGGUUUCCCAGACAUCACUGUCUCAUUUGUGUGUGGGAUGUCUUCUGAGCUGCUGGUAGAUCUGGGUGACGACCCUGCAACUGCACAGUUAGGGCAGCUGAAGCUGUCCACCUUAGAAGACCAGCAGUGGCCUCCUGAUGAGUCAACACUCAGCAAGUCAGAAACGGACGUUUCCCAGGGCUUCGAUCUUGGAUCUCCCCACCUGCCCUGGGACCACCCGUUUUAUGACAUAGCCAGGCAUCAGAUCAUUGAGGUUGCAGGUGAUGAUAACUUUGGCAGGAAGGUGAUAGUGUUCAGUGCCUGCAGGUUGCCCCCGCAGCAUGAGCUCGACCAUCAGAAGCUCCUGAUGUAUCUUAAAGCAACUCUGGAUCAGUAUGUAGAAAGUGACUACACUCUGAUCUACUUCCAUCAUGGGCUGACCAGUGAAAACAAACCUUCACUCAGCUGGCUUCGAGAUGCAUACAGGGAGUUUGACCGAAAGUAUAAGAAGAACAUCAAGGCGCUGUACAUCGUCCAUCCAACCAUGUUCAUCAAGACUCUGCUGAUCCUCUUCAAACCAAUUAUCAGUUUUAAGUUCGGCAGGAAGAUCAACUACGUGAGCUACCUGAGUGAGCUGGAGGACGUGGUCAAGUGUGAGCAGCUGGUCAUCCCAACUCGUGUCAGAGAGUAUGACAACAAACUGAUAGCAUCUCUGAAACCCAGCGCCCAGCCCCCCAUGUCUCCUCCUCGCAGCCCCCCACUUCCAGAACAGGUGUUUGGGGUGUCCCUCACGGCGCUGAGGCAGAGGGAUCCAGAUGGUGAUCCAGUUCCUGUAGUGAUGAGAGACACCGUUGGCUUCCUUUCAGAGCAAGGUUUGGAGAUUGAGGGGAUCUUCAGACGGUCCGCAAAUGUAACUCUGGUGAAGGAAGUCCAACUCAAGUACAACUCUGGCACCGCUGUAAAUUUUCGAGACAUGGAGGACGUUCAUCUGGCUGCCGUCAUACUAAAAACCUUUCUUAGAGAGCUUCCUGAGCCUCUGCUGACGUACCAGCUCUACAAUGACAUCGUCAACUUCACAUCUGUAUCCAGUGACAAUCAGGCAGAAGUAAUGAAAACAUUGGUGGAGUCCCUUCCAGAGGAAAACUAUGCCUCACUGCGGUACCUCAUCACAUUCCUGGCACAGGUAUCUGCCAACAGUGACGUGAAUAAGAUGACCAACAGUAACCUGGCUGUGGUGUUUGGCCCAAAUCUGCUCUGGGGGCGGGACAAUGCCAUGUCGCUCAGCGCGAUUGGGCCAAUCAACAACUUCACCAGAACCCUGCUGGACCAGCAGCAUCUGGUUUUUACCUAAUCAUCCCCUCCUCCUCCUCCUCCUCCUCCUCCUCCUCCCCCUCUUCCUCCUCCUCUUCCUGAGGUCUUUUGUGCAGCCUGUGAGACCUGCCUCUUCUGCAGCAUUUAAACAUGAGCUCGCCUCAGAUCACCAACAAUUAGGAAGGUACUCCUGUACCGACAGCAGCCUUUCAAGUAGAACACCACAAACUGUGGACCAAUCGCAUGUUACUUCGUCUGUCGUUAGCAUUUUCUUGUUGAUUCCUGCCUGUGGGCUGCAUUCCUGUGUUCAUGUGAGCAUGGCAUGAAUGGAAGAAGAAGGUUGUGAAACUUUGAUUAGAUUGCAAAGAAUUCUUUUGUUAAACAAAGCAUGUUUUUUUUUUUUUUUUUGUGAAUGGAAACCAGUUCAAUAUCUAUUCAGUAACAGCUGUAGUUUAAAAAGCGUUAAUUCCCAUCUGUACCUAAGGUGGCUCUGAACUGAAGGUCAUAGGACCAAUGCCCUUUCCUGAUUGGUGCCAAAAAAACCGCCUCACAGACAUGACCAAACAUCCUCUAGGAGAGGGAAUUCUAAGCUGGAGUCGUGAGGGACAAGGAGAGCAGAGGUUGGAGUUUGUCUCUCCGUGACGGACUCAGGUUUACCUAAAUAAUAGUGAACCUUGGUACUGAAAUUGUGUCGACAAUCUUUGGAGUGCUGUAGUUAAAAGAAGCCGUUGAGUAGCAUCUUUGUGAUUCUUUGUGCAGAUAGCUAACCCAGCUGUUGUGAGUGAGCACUGGACCUGGUUGUGUUCUGUUCUGGACCAGUUUGUCUGUAUCAUUCAUCCCAGCUACAUUUAACCUAUACAUUGGAAUAAUACCUGUCUUGGAUUUCUGGAUCUUCUUGCUGUUCCCACACCAUGUUGUAUUGUGGUUCAUUGAUAGUUUCACUCAGCACUAUUAGGUGGUGGAGAAGGUGGAUGCUGAUGAUGUUAAUGUGUGUUUUUAAAGGAUCUUUGGACUAGAUCUUUGUUUAGAUUACUUCCUUUUUUUCCCAGUUUCUUUGUGUACCAUUGCCCUGUAAAUGUUGUGUUUCAGUUUCCAUGGUGAUACACCGAUUAGUGAAACAUUCCUGACGUAUUUCAUUAACCAUCUGUUAUUGCUGACUUUAAUGAUCCUAUUCCUCCUUCCAGGCGUUAUUGUUGAUCCAAUAUAGUCUUCCAGUGCUGAGUUGACCAACUUUAAGUUCUAUGUGAGUAGCAAUGUACUGUUCACCCCACCAUUCCUAAAGACCAGAAACUAUUGCACAGUGUAAAGCUUUCUUCUGUAUUUUACUUUUUCUGGUUCUUGCUAACAGAAGCCAGAAAGCGUAGUUCAUUCCAGCUGCCCCAGGAUCACCUCUAUGAGUACUUUGGUCUUACUGUAAGCAACACUCAGUCAUUUGUCUUCAUCCUACAUGUAGCACAUGUUAGAACAUCUGAUGCUGUUGUUGGUGUUUUUAUUUAUGUGUCUUUUUUGCCUUACUAUUAGUGUCAUGCUGUGCCACUAAUGGAGCUCGUCCAAGUUGUUCUGUAUCAGCUCUAUGGCUAUAUUGUAACUAAGUGCGUAUAGCAGGAAACCUCCAUGCCUUAGUGGAUUGCCCCACUCCUACUGGACUAUGGGUCCGUGCCUGCAGUUAAGUCUUAUGGUUGUAUUUAAAAAUCUAGAUCCAAAUUCUUUGCCAACCAUAUUUGACCUUUUUAAAGAAGCCAUUCUCUCCAUAACUUUGAUACAGAUGCUGAGCCUGUAGGAUCUCAUGUUGUGGCUACACACAGCAACGUAAGCUAGCAGGAGGUUUUAACCCCACCCGGUGGGCUUAAACACGUGAUCUAAAGGCAUCUGUCCACAACCAAGUUAUUAGCUUUGCAAACUCAUGCAUCGCGUUGAGACUGAUUUGGACUAUUGUGGUAAAUUCUAAACAUGACGUGUGAUUUAAAUGUUGCGGGACGGAUCAGGGCCGUUAAAGACUCGUCCUUUCUUAACACUAAAGCUGCGUGAAGCAGAGGCUUCUGGAAGAUCUGCCAACAUGUUGCUCUGAUUUGUCUUGUAAUGUGUCAUUAUUAGUGAUAAGCUGAGAGUUUUUAUCGUUUUAUAGCUUGUUGGACUUUGAAGCUCUCAUCCGUCCUCCUGCAGCUCAUCCAGAGUAAUGCCCUCGGUGUCAAAGUGACAUAUUUCUACAUUCUAACCAGAAGCGUUUGAGGAGCUGUGAUCUGGUAUACAGAACUGAUAGCACAUAGUCACCAAAAUAUCAGACAUUUUUCAAUAUUUGUGAUGUGAUGUUACCUAAAAUGUCUGAAAACUCCUAAAUAUGAGAGCUUUUGGCUCCACUUGAGCUAAAUGCUAAAACACAAAGCAGCAGUUGUUACACCAGUGCCAUGGUGAUGUGUGUGUGUGUGUGUGUGUAUUUAGAUCAGGUUGUGUUUUGUAAAGAUGCCGUGGAAGUCAUUAAAUUCAGUGGAUUUGUUAGCUGUGUGUGUUGUAACUCCUGCAUGGUGAUUUUUAGAACCGUUCUUAUUUGAUCUAACUGCGAUGUGGAACGUCUCUUUAAAGGAGGCCGUUUUGGAAAAUGCUGUUUUUAAGGAAAGUCCUCACACCCAGUCUAUAACUCCAUGUUUUUACAAACAUGUUCCAGCUUUUAUGCAAUUUAUUGUGUAGAAUUCAGCAGGAAAACAAACCUGUUGGAGAGAAAAUAAGUUAAAGGGUUUCCACACUUAGUCAUCUUUUUUAGGUUCUGGAUUUCCCUCCUGGCAGAUUUGUUUAUACAGGAUUAAUAUCAUUAAAGGUAGAGAAAGUUUGGAGAUGAUUUAUCCUGGUCUCAUUUUUUUAAGCCUAGAGUUUAACUGGGGUAUGUAGACAUUUAAGAACCAGUAAAAAUAAAUCUUACUACAAAGCAGAAAAGGCAACAAAGUGAAAAUCAGUUUGUUUUUUAGAGUUUAAUAAGAAAAUCUGCCAGAUUCUGUGUUUGUUGGUGUGCUUGUGCCUUAUUUGUGUUCCCCAAGUGAUUUUCUCUCUAGCCGUCUAAGUGCCAGUCUGGCCAUAGAUUAAAAUGACGUGAGCUGUGUUCAACAGAGCCUGUGGUUUCCAUGGAGAUGUUAGCCAGUUGGAGGAGUGAUGAGCAGGAAAAAAAACCCAUAAGUCCCGUUUGUUGAACACAGCUUAAUGGAUGAUUGCAGAAUUCAUUUUUAUACGUACAGAAACUGCAGCUACUGAGAAAAAAAAAGCACUACACAUUGAUGAAACCUGUACCAUUUCAAAAUUUAACGCUAUAAUGUUUAUGAUUUCUAUAAUAAACAUUAAGAGAAUAAUUUUUUGUUCAUCAGCUGUUUGAAAUGUCUGAAAACAGGGAUAGUUCUGGGAAUUUCAUGAAAGUAGCUUUUGUGUGCAUGGAUUCUCUGUACCGCUCUUCCUCCUCCAUUCUGUGAUCAGUUGUAGACCCAAUAAUCUAUGGAUCUUUGUACUGUAAUAGUUAAGGUGACAGUAAACGUACAACCAUGGGAGGAGAUUUAGGUUUUGAACUUUGACCUCCAUGCUGUCUUGUUGAUACUCAGUGAUUUUAAUUUCUUAACUGUGGUUUUCCAUUCUUAAUUUUGAUAUAUCGUACUGUGGAUCUUGGCCCUGUACAUGUAAAAUAUGAUAGCAAGACGCUGUGUUAUCCAUAUAAACAACCAAUAAACAAAUGGUGAAAUAAA